GGCGCAGUCAACAUGGCGGCUAGCCGGAGGGGGAGGAUUAACCGGCACUGAAAAUGACAGCAAUUGAGCACAGAAGUUGUCUUUGUUAAAGCCAGAAACAUGGAAGAGAAAGGUAAGAGGUGUUGAGCUUUCAGUUAGUCAAUUUUUUUAGUUUAGAUGACGUAUACUCCUUGGGGUCGUCAAGGAAAAACCGAAAGUAUUGCAACAAUGAACCAAAAGUUUUUUUUUUAUGUGCAUUAAAGCUUUUGUUGUUCUACUGGUUAAUAUUAUACAGACUGGAUGAGGAGGUAAAUUUUAGUGAAAUAAUUAAUAUCGCCCAGAUAAUAUUUUGAUAGUUUAUCCGUGACUCUCACCUAGUAUGAUGUGACAGAUAGCAGAAUUAAAGUUAUGGUGAAGAACAUUUUUUCUUUGAGGGAGACCAAGUUAUUAUGUGUUUUUAGACCCAAGAACACCCUGGUAAAGGCUUAAGGAAAGUGUCAGUUUUUUCAUUUAUCCAUUUAUUGAAUCAUUCAUGUACUUAGUCUUUCAUCUCAUUUCAUUUAUCCUGAACCUCUUUACUAUCUAACAUUUUAUACCUGUUUAAUAUUUAUUUGCUGGUUAAUACUAACUUCAGGCAAACAUGAUUAUGCAAUAGAAAAGAGAACUGUUCUUAUGUAACUAGUGUUUAAAUUUAGGUGGUAUACUACCCUAGCAUCUUAGUUGUGGAGCCUGACAAAAAAAAAAGAGACUUGGCUACAAAAUCAGCAUAAAUUGGUUGACUCAAUGAGAAAAUUUAAUAUAACUAGGUCAAACCUUGUGAACUGGUCAUCCUAAGAAUGCCCUUUUACCUAUUUAUAUAUGGGGUGUAGAAAGAGCAUGGUUAUUUUACUUUGGAACCAAGUAGUGAAAAUUGUCAUUGAGCUCUGUGGGUAGUAGUGAAGAUUUAAAGUGGUAUUCAGUUUUCAAUGCAUGUAGUAAGUCUGUCUUUACUAGAAAAGGGAAUUACAUCAUUUCAGGCUUGACAAUAUUAAAAAGAAAGUUAAAGGAAUGGUGUAACAGUAAAAAGUGGUAAUUUCUUAUCUGUGAAUUUUUUUACCCAGAUACAGAGCAUGGAUCUCAUGCAUUGGAAUAUGCUUUUGAUCUUCUGGAAGUUGGGUGUACAGGCACAAUUGAAAUCAUACCAGAAUCAUUCAAUAAGUCAUCAAAAAAGGAAUUAAAACCACUAACAACAGUAAGAUAAUAAAAAUAUUCUGCCUUUUUUUUUCUCUGUUGUUAUUCAAGCAACUUUAAUGUCCUGUCUAGCCUAUUCAUGUGGGAUGUGUUCACCAUGUAAAGUAAGGAGAGUGAUGUCAAAUGAAUUUUUUCUCAAAAUUUUUAGAAUUAGUCAAGCAAAAUUUUGUGAAAUUUAUCAAGUUUUUCCUCUGCACAGCUUCCAUGUGGUUUACCACCUUUGUUUGCACCAGAUCUAAAGACUGAUUUAGAAAAGUAUCUUCUGGAUCCUACAGUGCUGCCCAUCCAUGACUUUCAAAGAACACAGAGGUAAUAAAAGGAAGUUUGCAUAAAGAAGUCAGGGGAAGAAGAACAGCCUGGAAACCGUGUUAUUUUGUUUUAAUCUCAGCCAUUGAUCCUUUUAGCUUCCUUGAGUGAACAAGACAGAUUUUCUCCUUAGAAUAUUAAUACAAAAUCAUGGAGAAAAAUGAUAUGAAAUUCAAUAGAGAAAAUAGACAUUAGGGGUUUAUUAGCCUACCCAAUACCAAAUCCACUAAACUAACAUUAUAAGAAUUGUAUGGUGCAUGGUAAGGGGGAGUAACCAGUGAGAUCUUGGGAGUGUAAGCAUGAAAGGGUUGAGAUAUAUUUUUUCUUGUCAAAUUUUAGAUUUUGGCCACGUGAACGAGACCCAGAAAGUCUGUUGUUUUCAGAUGUGUGUCCUGUUCCAUCAACAUUAAAAGUAGAGAGAAAUCCAACAACAGGAGAACUUCUAGGCUAUAACGAGGUAAAGAAUCAUACCUAUUUUUCUCUUCCCAGCUUUCUCCAGUUAGACACCCAGUCUUUCUGUGUUUUGCUAUGUUAAAUUGUAACUUCAAUUAGUAAUUAAUUUGACUACUGGAGAAUAUGCUGGACUUUGGUUGAAACAUACAAGCAUACAACAGAUAAUUUUACACAUCCACAAGAUAAUUUGACUAUAAAUUAUACUUGUCAUUAGUGAAUAGAUAUUUGAUACUUGUAAUUCUUUUUACUUCCAGGUUAUGUUGACAGAUACAGGAUGUACAUCAAAAAAUUCCAUGUCACUUUUAAGACAACCUGGGCCCCUAUCAGCAUCGGUGAAGGGAGAGUCUACAAAUUACCCGUUUUUACCAGGUAACAUGAAGUUAGCUUCCAGCAAUGUGUUUAUCUGUAGCUAACAGUUAAAUAGACAAAAAGAGAGAUAAAUGUAGUUUCAUUAUACUGGUUAUCUAUGGCUGCAACUUUCACAAAUGAAUACUAGUAAAUGCCAAGCUCAUGCAACACAUUCCAUUCCAUUCAUUGCAAGUUCUUCUUUUCCUUCUAGAGCUGUAAUUUCCGGAUUGUCAAAAGAAUGACAGAAAAUCAUCAUAAACAUUUAGGAGAGCAAAAUUACAUCAGUCACUGUGUAUAAAAAAUGUAAUUCUAUCAAGUUUAAGUGAUAAAAACUGUUUUUUAACUCUGGCUAUUUUUUUUUUGUGAACCUUGUAAUGUUGCCUCUUCUGAUCUGGAUAAUCUUUUUUCCAUUUAAUUUUGAAGGUGGUAUGGAGACCUUGGAAACUACAAAACCAGGUCUGGUAUUUGAUGGUGAGCUGAACUUUGAGAAAGGUACAUGAUACAAUCAACCCUGUCUUUGUUUUUACAUCACCAGUGAUGUGCUUGACAGUAUGUACUGUAAUUUGCAUUUGUAGCGAAGGCUUGAAAACAUCCUUACUGUUGUAUUCAUUCUUUUUUACACCUGUAGAUCUUCUGUCUGUGCCACCAGGCUUUAAAAAAGGUGCUAGAUUCACUGAAGAUAAGGAAGGCCAAGGUCAGAUCACUCACAAAACAACCAUAGUAUCAUAUUGCCUCAUGGACUCUCCAGCAGUGUUUAAUCUCAGGCAAUAAUCUUUAUUUGUGGGAGAACUGGAGGUUGUAACAUUCAGCAUGCUGGAUUCCAGAUUGGGAGGUUCUGGUUUAAGACCUGACCGGGUCAUUGUGUUGUGUUCUUGGGCAAGGCACUUUCCUCUUACACUGCCUCUCUCCAGUGCCUUUUUCCCACCCAAUUGUAUGCUAGCAAUACUCCUAGUCACUUCAUCAGAUAAGCUGCAGCAAUGUGGGCCACUUUCCUUGAGUGCUGAAUUUACAAUUUUAUUUUAAUAUCCCUUGUUCACAGUUAUGUUCAACAGUUAUUUGAUACAUUUUUUUUGUAUAUUUAAUUGUCCUCAGAGAGAGAUUCCAUGGCACCUGUACCUCAAAUUGUGGCUAUGUCUGACAUCAUGGCUGGUACCACACUGGAAGACCUAGAGUACAGUGAUGAUGGUGAUGACCUGGAGACAGAUGAGGAAGACAUAGAUAAGGUGCAAUGUGACUCUGUUAGUGAAAGCACUAAUCAAAUUCAGUUUACUCACUGCUGAAAUCAGAAAACUGUCAACAAAAUAUGAUGGUGUUAUGACAUGGAGGUCAAGGAAUACAUACAAACCAUCAAAGCACCAGCUUAUUACUACCAUUGUUGUUAUCUCACAUCUGAUCAGCUUUUUCCCUAUGGGCACAAUGACACUUCAGAAAGAUUUCUGGUGGUCAUGGUGUCUGAGUGUCCAAGUUAUCACACAACAUAUCUGGUGCUUUCAAAAAUUUUUUUGAAUCAUUUCUUUAAUACAAUUUCCGGUUUUAUUGUAUUACUUGUCUCAAGGACAACUCUUAACAGCUCACGUAUGAGCCGUUGCUCAUACGUUUUGUCCAAAGCCUUGAUUUCCUGUUGUAAGCAAGUUUUCCCAAUCAAGAGUCACUCCUUCUGUAGAAUAAUAUUUCGUCUGUUGUAUCUUCAGAUUGAUAACUCACUUGUAUUUCUUUGAUGUUCCUGUGUUUAGCUUUCUGAUAAAAGUGAAUCUGUGAGUGAUCCAGAGGAUGGCACAGAGGGUGAGAACAGUGAAUGUACUUUUAAAUUCCCUUUUAACUGUCAACACAAAGAUCAAUGGAUUGAUCAUGGGAAAGUAAUAUCUGAGAAGGAAAAGGAGAUUUGAAACUAACCCUAAGCAAUUACUGAAGUGACUUUGGAGCAUGAGCAAACAAGCCUUAAUAUAGAAACAGUAAACAAGAUUCUUAAAAGGAAAUAAUUUUUUUCCUUUUUUUUCCUUUUACAGGAAGUCUCCAAAGACAGGAUAGUCUUGAGAAAGUAUUGGUGGAGGUAAAAAGAGAACAUACUUGUGUCUCCUCUCCCUCCACUCCCUCCCCUGCCUCUUCUGCCUUCCCUGUACUUCAAGGACUGGAUCUACCACUAGAUAUUACAGUGUUUCAUCACGAAGAACGCAAAUGGGGGCUGGAUGCUAUAUAGUUUUAGUUUUCGUCGGUUAACGACAGAGUGUUUUAUUCAAACAAUAAUUGGUCGAGUCAAAUUUAUGUAUAAGAGGUCAAUCUGUGAGUGAAGCCCUGAAUUGUACUUUUAUUUGUAAAAGGACUUACUUCAGUCCAUCUAGUGUCAGGACAGAUGAAAAGUUAGAACUCAUGCUAGGUCUGGGCACAGGAGGAAUAUUCAUAAAGCAAUCAAGUGGCUCUCUCUUUACUUGUUUUAACUGUGUAAAAAUAUGGUCGUUCAUUAGCUUGCCUGCAGCACUCUGACAAAGAGGCUUAAACUAGCAUGUUGUUUAUAGUUUACCUUUGACGCCAAGACAUAAUCUUUUCAUGUUAUCUUAAUUUUUUUAGGGAAGCGAUUCAGAAAAGACACGUACUUCUUCAUCGUCAGUUACAGACAAACCCAUCAAAGAGGAGUGGGCUGUUAUGGUGAACGUCACAGAACCUGUCAAAGGUUUCCAUAAGCGAGUUCCUGAUAUGGCGCAUAAGGUGCACUAUCGGUUUGUUCAAAACACGAUUAACGCUUAUCUUGGAUUAUCUUUUACAUAGGAUUAAUUUUUCGUAAUGUACUUAGUGUUUUUGGUGUUUUUAGAGAUGAAAAGAGGAACAAUCGGAUCCUUACGAAUUGAGAAAACGUAUGGCUAACUAGGAAUUAAAAUCAGGAUCUCGGCUAACAGUCGUAUUACUGACUUUGAAAUGACAUGAAAAUGUAAACGAAAGAUGGAAAAGGAAAGAUCGCGUGUUUCUUUUCGUUUUUGGAGCGUGUCAACCUUUUCAUGUAAGCAGUAAGAACUGAUUUUUUUAAGUAUUUCGGUUUGAAGGAUUUACUUCAGUUCAUUCGAUAUUACAGUAAACAGAAGUUCAUCGUUGGUCUUCGGGGUUUUCAUUAUUAGGGAGGUUAAGCCACAACAUUUUUGGGACGCGGGCGGCAGCCUGAAGUCAAAAUUUCUCAUUCCUUUUGCUCACUACACCUUUUUGGUAAGCACAAUUUCGUUUAAAAUGCCGCUAAAACGAUGACCUCACGGUCGAUACAUGGGUGUCAAAGCGCACCAGAAUUAGGUAAUUUUUUUUCUUCCAGUUGCCGUCUGCGCCUCAAAAAACGUCUCCUCUCUAUAUAGCCCCAACCCAGUUUUCAGUAAUCUAACCGCAUUUUUUUGCGGCGUAGUGGUGUUCGUGCCCGUUGGGUUUUCGUGUAUGUUAGCCAAGAAGAAAACCCUUUACUUUCUUUAAUGUUUACAGUGGAAGUUUGAGCUGGACACGUUUCAAAAGCAGGCCGUGCUUUGUUUAGAAAAUAACGAAAGUGUUUUUGUUGCCGCUCAUACCUCAGCUGGAAAGACAGUGGUGGCAGAGUAUGCCAUUGCUUUGGCUAGUAAACACAUGACAAGGUACUCGUCUGCGUGGCAGAAGUUUCAAUUAAAGCCGGUUCCCAGUCUACCCCCGCCUGUAAGACUUUUUACCGUCGUCUGAUUAGCCUGCAAGCAGGCUCUUUUGCUCGAGUUUCACCUUAAGGAUCCUAUUCGCGCAUAGCCGCCUAUAAAACCAUCGGCAGGCGCUCAUGGAGAAAAGUCAUUGAAACCUUUGUCCUAGUGGUGUUUCUUCUAAGUUUAUCAUUUGCACUUAAAACUUCUGUUUGCCUCUUUUAAUUUUUACUUAUUCUUGAAAAGCUUUAGUGAACAUUCUACUCCUAGUUUUCGCAUUGACUAUUUUACUGUUAGAAUAAAGGAAAUGAAAUUGCUAUGUAAAAUGUAUUUCGGCAAGCAGGAAAACACAAAUGUUACGGCUGUUUUUAUUUUGUGAAAUAUCAGUAAACUAAGGAACUAAGCGAUCAAGUGACUUUUCAGUGAGGGUUUUUCCGUUAUUGUUUAUUUAUUUCCAAGUUGUCAGGUUCUCGUUAAAAAAAACAAAAAAAACAGAGGCCAUAGGUACCUUACGUAAACGUUCAAGCCGAAGGUUUCCCUUGUCUUCUCGCGUAGGACAGUAUACACGUCACCAAUCAAAGCUUUGUCCAAUCAGAAGUUCCGCGAGUUCAAGGACACUUUUGAGGAUGUAGGUCUGCUGACAGGUGAUGUGCAGAUCAGACCUGAGGCGUCCUGUUUGAUUAUGACUACGGAAAUAUUGCGGUGAGUAAACGCAUUUUUUUGUUCUUUUAGAGUGGCUAGGGUUUUCUGGGAAAUGAGGACUGAGUCCUCAUUUCUCAGUUUGGUCUGUGAUUGGUUUUUAAACUCCUACCUUUAAUUAAACAAACCAGGUGCGAAGUUAACGGGGUUUUUCUGCGCACGGGGCUCUACAAUAACCAAGCUUCUGUGAUCUCUUGCCCCUGUGCGACAAUUUUAAUUUUCGUCUGUCUCCAAUUUUCAAUUAAACUGAUCUGGAACACUGGAUUGCACGUAUUUUUGAUGAUUUUGCUCAGCUGAUGGCAAAAACCACCUAGAAAAUCUGAUUAUUUAAUUGACAAAAGUUACUGCAAACUAGCGGAAGAAAGGGCGCCCAAAUGAAGGCACGAUUUUUUUAUGUAGCGUUCCCCAUGUUGGUCGGUAAAACACCGCAUAAAUUGUCGUUUGGCAACAUAAUCAGUGAGAUGUUGCGCUGUCGUUUUAGAACCCUUUGUAAGAUUGUUUAUGUAGUGUUCUCCCAUGUUGGUCGGGGAAACACCUCGUAAAUUAUCGUUUUCGAACCCUUCGCGGGGUUAUAUAAAGACUAAAGCUAAAACUAAAGACGUUUAGUCUCAUUUCUUGCAAAAUAUGAAGUGCUUUGAUUUCUUACGAACAAAAAAUUGUUUGGAAAGAGCCUAACGAGGAACUUUCAACACUAAAUACUACUUCUGAUUUGACAGUUCCAUGUUAUACAAUGGUUCAGACGCCAUCCGAGACGUGGAGUGGGUGAUUUUUGAUGAAGUACAUUACAUAAACGAUGCAGAGGUAAGCGAUCGCCUUAGCUUUUCUAAAACCACACACUAAGUGACUGGCUAAGUGGUCGCGAGGCAGCGAUGUUAAACACGUUCAUCUUUUUACCUCGUUUGUUACAUGUAUGUGGGACAUCAGUCAGUAUCUAUGAUGUGUUUUCAUUUUCCGUUCUUUUGUACAGAGAGGUGUCGUUUGGGAAGAAGUUCUCAUUAUGUUACCAGCGCAAGUCAAGAUCAUUCUGUUAUCUGCAACUGUACCUAACACGCUGGAAUUUGCCGACUGGAUUGGGUGAGUAGUUAAAUCACUCUAUUACUCUGUCUCGGUCAUGAAGUUUGCAAUACUUAGAUGUUUUAUUAUCUGCCUAGCCAAAAUUUGCAUCCUCUAAUGAUCUCUCAGGAUUUACUCGAGAAUUUUCGUUAAUAAUCGCUGGCAGGGCUCUUGAAGAGCCUUCGCAAAUCAUCGCCAUACAGUGGAACUGUGGCGGAAAUAAUCAGUAGAUCAGUUGUUUUUCAAGUCAGCGGCGCCCCAUCAAACUUGCUGAAAUGAGCUCAAAUUUUCCUCUUGUUGCUUCUCUCACUGGCAGACGCACCAAGAAGAAGAAAAUCUACGUGAUAAGCACUCCCAAGCGCCCAGUCCCCUUACAGCAUUUCCUAUACACAGGCAAUAGUAACAAGACAAGCAAUGAACUGUUUAUGAUCGUGGAUGCUGACGGUAAGUUUCUGACGCGCGGUUACGAAGCCGCUGUGGCGGCGAAGAAAGCGAGAGAGGGGAAAGGAAAGGAUGCAUAUGGCUCCAAAACUCACCAAACAACAAACAUUAAGGAGGUGUGCAGCCAAAUACUUGAAAAUAUUUUAAUGAUUCCUUUACAAAAUUCUAUAUUACUUGAAAUGAAACUCGUGCUCGUAUGGAUGACAGAUUUUAAUGCUUUAGGAUAACAACAAAGAGGUGAUAAUAAACUUGAAAUAAGAAAGAGAAUUUCAGUAUAAGAUUGGCGAAUGCUGAGACGAUCAAAAAGGGGACUAAAACGAUGACGUUUGGGAUGUUAGGACGUAUACUUUAACAAGCAUUCAGUAAGGAGAUACUUAACGGCAGAUCCUUCAUUGAAAGUCGGCCUGCCCGCAAUAACUGUAUUAGCUGAUGAAUGAGGGUGGGGUGGGUCGGUGUAUUAUAUCCUCUAAACUUACCAAGAGUCUGCGUGUUCGUAGGAACGUAACAUCUGGUUGUCUCUGGUUGAAAUGCUUCGUAAGAAGGAGAAGCUUCCUGUGGUCGCUUUUACCUUCUCCAGGAAGAGAGUGGAUGACAACGCAGACCAACUCAGUAAUCUUGAUCUCACCACUUCAACCGAGAAGAGUUUGAUCCACGUUUUCAUUCAAAAGGCAAUAGCAAGACUUAAAGGUCCUGACAGACAACUGCCACAAGUAAGAUUUUUGCGCAUUUAUUUUGCAGUUAAAGUUGCGUUUUGCAGUCGGGUCCUCGGGUAGUCAGGUUUUAUUUCCCUCUUGUGGCCUUUCAAUUUUUUUUGCCACGUAAACUAUGGCGAGAUAUUUUGCCUGAGAUAGUUAAAUUUUGUCUGAGAUAGUGGCGUAGUGUAACACCCCUACUGUUUUGUGUUUAACUUAUCUUCAAUAUUCGGUCGCGAGAGCUGUCACAUGUUUAUCUGGGUAUUCUUACGAGUCGUUGUGAGACAAGUUCUAAGAGGGAGUACACUUAGAACCAGAAAUGCUUAUUUUUGUGCCGCUUUCUUCACCGAACGAAAAUCUUUCCGGCCAGAGGGUUUACAUAUUUGCAAAUUAAUUUUUUCACAAUGACAACUCAUGUCAUUGAAGAAGAGUUGCAAGAAAAAUUUGCUUGCUGUAGUUGGGAAUUAUCGCUGAUCUUAUUGCAAGUGCAAGAUUCUCUUUUUGCGGACACAGUCACUCUACAAUUAAAAAAAGUUCCGCCCUUUUCCUGUCAUGUAGGUUUCCAGGAUUCAAGAGCUCCUCAAGCGCGGCCUUGGUGUUCACCACAGCGGAGUACUGCCUAUAGUUAAAGAGGUCUGUGUGGUAAUAUUAUCCUGGGCUAGAUUUAUUCUUGCCACAAUGAUUCUACCCUGAAUAGGUCGAGUAACCUGUCAUCUAUUUUCCAGUUAGGUAACGUGAUUUCAGUUGUUAUUAUAGCCAGAAUUAUCCACUACAACAUCAUUGUCUUGUCUCCUUAAAGUUGUCACGCAACCCUCACAAUCCGCGAACAUUCUUAUUGGGUUGAUAGUGUUGAGCAUAAAACUCCUCAACCCUUUAACUCCCAAGAUCUGAUUGUUAAUUCUCCCCUCUAGCUGUUACAUUUUCUUGUAAAUUAGUUAUAAGAAUAAUGAUUGUAGAUAUAUGAAAAUCGUAUAUAUGCACUGCGGUGAAGAAACGAAUAUAAGAGAUCCUCGCAGCUAUAAACACUACUGAACUAGUAGUUUAAAUAAGACCUGAAAAAGAUUCAGGCCCGUACGGGAUUUAUAAGAAUUUGGUAUUAGAUCAGGAUAAAUCCCACCUGAUAAGUUGUAGUAUUCUUAUAACCUGUUUGCUGGAUAAUGUAAGUAUAUUAUGAGGAGAAGUUUCAUGUCAAUCACUUCAGUGAGUUAAAGGGUUAAUGUCAGUUUUGCUGAUAGAAUUCCUUUAUUACGCAGAUGGUGGAAAUGCUGUUUGGACGAGGCUUGGUAAAGGUGAGUUUUUCAUGGGUGUUGUGUUUUCGCGCCUCAUAUAUUCGUGGUUGGAGAACUCUUACAGUACCUUGUUGCUGUAUUGACUGCGGUGUUGAGGGGCGGGUAGGGGUUGAUAUGGCUAUGAUAUUCAAUAGUGGUGUGUUUGUUCUUGUUGCGAUUUUGACAGCCUGAUGUUGAAUGAAUAUUGGGCAUGUUUUCAGAUCCUCUUCGCCACUGAAACGUUUGCCAUGGGCGUCAACAUGCCAGCUCGUACAGUGGUGUUUGAUACAACCAGAAAGCACGAUGGGACAAGUUUUAGGGAUUUGCUGCCUGGUGAAUAUAUUCAGAUGGCUGGCCGAGCUGGCCGGAGAGGUCUGGACCCUACUGGGACUGUAAUCAUACUCUGCAAAGGGAACGUACCGCUGAUGGCGGACUUACACAAGAUGAUGCUGGUAGGGUGAACUACAUUUCAGUGAACACUAAAAUUUGUCAUUCAGUUGUAUUUAGUGGUAAUCUUCGCGAUCUUCGUCUCCUCUUUCCAUAUUUAUAAUUUGGCUCAUAAUUUGAUAAAUGAUCGUCCAAAAUUCAACGUAGUAGAAAGAGAUGUACAUUUUGAAAUGUUUUGUCUCACGAUGGACGGUCGUUGCCAAUUGAAGAUGGCGACCUUCCGGCUGCUUUACUGCAAGUCUUCGUCAGGUGAUAUGGUCAAAUGAUCAUGUGUUGUUAAUGUAGGGCGAUGAUAAGCUGCUGUUGGUUCAUUUUAGCGCUGUCUCCGGAUGCGUUGGGCCUGUAUUGUAACCCGUCAGUAGCUUUUUUCUAUAUAUUAAUCCGUCAAAUCUAUAAGAGUGACUGAAGACUGACCAUAGAUAGGUUAAACUUCUAGUGACAAUAUAGUCUUUUCUUUCUCUUUUGUUUAACAGGGUAAACCAACUCAGCUCAUUUCUAGGUUUCGUUUGACGUAUUCUAUGAUACUGAAUCUGUUGCGAGUCGAGGAAUUACGUGUAGAGGACAUGUUGAAAAGAAGUUUCGCUGAGUUCCAUAUGCAGAAAGACGCUCAGGAAAGAAAACGCCAAAUGGAGGAAGUGGAGGAAAAACUCCAGCAUAUAAACGAUGUGGAUUGUACGUUUUGUUCUGGAGAUCUUAAGUCUUACUUCAAGGCUUGUCAAGAGCUGUCGCCACUAACUAACACUGUCAAGGUAAUGAUACGAAUGUUAGCCAUACCGGGUCGUUUGUGUGACGAUCAAUCAUUAGGCUUCCAUUUACACAAGCUAGCCAGACGAGUGCAAUGAAAUUUUUUUUUCACUUGAUCUUAUUGUAUUUCAAUUCAUUCAUGUGUAAAAAUGCGUUUCCGUGUUACUUUGAAAUCAAACAUCUCAGUUCCUUGUAAUAGGUUUACCUAGUAUUUUAGUGGCGUCUGAUAGUUACACUGUCCUGUUUGCAAGCAGAUUGUAUAAAUUCAAAGAUGAACGAAGUAAAGCAGCGUGAUUAUUUUCUCCCAUAAGGCAGCAAUACAUUCGUCUCCACAUGGUCAGCGGGCCCUCUCUCCAGGGCGCAUUGUCACGAUAACUACCGCUGAGCACAAGAACGCUUUAGCCGUCAUUUUGCAGGCAGGAAACACCUCUUCCAAAGGCCACUUGACCAUGCAGUCUCAAGUAGUGUCCAGUCCAACGGAAAGAAAAUUUGAAGUGUUAGUAAUAUGUGACCCAAAGGAAAACAAAUCAGGUAAGAAAAUUAGUAGAUAGGUUUUUUAAGUCUUUGAGGUCUUGCAAUCAGCGAAUGGAAUUGUUUGACUCCAGAUCGUUUAAUAGAUAACCAUUCGACGAAGAAGACAGAUUGCGAUUGAAUAGAUGUGCAUUUAUGUGUGAAAUUGACGGGAAGAUUCCUCAGUAUCAUGGAAACAAUUCAACUGGAAGAGUUCAUUUGUAAUUACAACAUUUUGUCGAAGAAUUUGAUUGCCAGGCAUAAUUCCAGGUGAAUUUGUCUUUGUGCAUUUCGUUACAGAGGACAACGAAUUUAAUUCAUCAAAAGAAAGUAAAGUAGACGCAUCAGAUAUGGACAAGGACGUGCAGCCUUUUAUAAAACGAAACUUAUUUUUACCCGAGGGACGAUGUUCUCACCAAAUUUUACAAGUGAAUGGAAAUGCUAUCACUGCUAUUUCUGUUCGUCAAAUGAAAGUUGAUACUACAAAGAUAAUAGACGAUCAUAAAAAGAGAAUGCUGCCAAGAUUUAGGUGAGUCACAAACGCUCUGAUUAUAUUUUAGUUUGUUUUUCUAGUGAAGGUUUUCUGUGACUUUUAAUUGAAUUAGAAUUAACUUUGACAGUUUCUUUAAAGGAAUGACUUACCAGGAAAAACUACCAUUAGUGCAGAGCAAGAACUGCUUAGAUUAUCCGAGGCUAAUCCCGAGGGACUGAGCACCAUGGAUCCUAUUAAAGACUUUAACAUCCGGGACAUUGACAUGGUGACGACAAUAGCGAGAAAACAAAGUCUUGAAGAACAAUUGGCAAACUUCGCAUGCUUGAACUGCCCCAAGUUUACAGAGCAUGUGAGUUUAUUUAUUAGAGGAUAACUUAAACAAACUAUAGGGAAACCCGGUUAUUUUCCAAAUUCAACAAAGGAGUCUUAAUGACUUGCUUGUUCUCUGUUUUACGAAACGUCUGCGUCUUAAUAACUCAGUUUUCGUGGUGUAUAGGGCACUAGGAAGUGCGAAGGUGAAAGAUAAAGAAGUAUUCUGUUUUCCAUUCCAGUUUGAAACAGUCGCCAAACAGAUGAAAUUACGAGAGCACGUGACCUUACUAAGAUAUUUAUUGUCCGAUGAGAGUCUCCAACAUAGAGAGGAACUUCAGCAAAGAGUAGAGGUAAAACUGUUACUUGACAAUCAAAUUCGUGUGUCGUCGUGAAAAUGCUAUUUACCCUCAAAACAAGGUCUAAACUUUUCAUACCAGGUAACUAAUUACAAUCCAUUUUCUUAGCGCCGUUGCUUUUUAUUCUACAGGUUUUACGUAAAUUACGUUACGUGGACGCGAAUAACGCUGUGCAGUUGAAGGGAAGAGUGGCGUGCGAAAUAAGUAACCACGAACUGAUGAUCACAGAACUCGUGUUUGAAAAUGCUUUCACGAAUCUUCAUCCCACGGAGAUUGUGGCUUUGCUGUCUUGCUUUGUAUUCCAGCAGGUAAACGUUGCAUUUAGUUUGGGACCCUUUUUCACAGACUAUAUUUAAACACCCGAGAGCCCGGAAAUGACUUUAAGAAGACUUAUUAACAUUUAAUCUUUAACGCGAUUUUGGUUUUUCUACCAAAGUAGUACUCUUUCUAAUGUUCUCUCUUUCCAGCGUCGAUGCAGCAAGCCAAAUUUAACCAAGACGUUAGAAGAGGUAGGGAAAUAAAAAUACACGUAUAUCUGUGUAGGAGGUGCUGUGUGGCGUGCAGUCUUAUCGUUUACUCUUGAAUAGAAAUAUACUAUGAGCAGUCCCUCUUUUUGGCGAAGUCCGUGGCGCGAGUAGAAAAAAAUAUAUGUAUGCUUAUGUAUGCUCGCCGCGCGGAACUCUUGGAGUGACAAGCAUGAAAAUCCUCACUCCCAGACUUAAGCGGUGCGCUCCCAUCAAAGUUUUUUUACUCGCGCGAAGUACUUCUCCAAACAUUAUGGACUGCUCAUAGUCUAACAUGGAAAGAAUUAUAAGGAAGAGACAAAAACCUCUACUCCUCCGUAACGAGUAUAUUGCGUCCCUUCUCCAUGCACGGUUCGAGGCUGCCUCUAGUACCGUGAUAUGAUGUUUGUUUGCAUUCGCUUUGGUAACAAAUUGAUUUUCUAAAUACAAUUUCUAAGGUUUUUGCGCUUUGUGGAGCCCUGAUUGUUUCUAGAUAAACAAAUCUGGAAAAUUCGAUGAAUCGUUUGUCUCUUCUCAUCAGGAAUUCGGUUUUCAUAUUUUCAGGGCAAGCAGUUCAUAUUACAAAUGGCAGAACGAAUCGCUAACCUGCAGUCUGAAUUUGGUCUGCCUACGUCUGUUGAAGAAUUUAAAGAGCAGUACAACUUUGGUCUGGUAGAGGCUGUGUUUGAAUGGGCAAGAGGAAUGCCUUUCUCUGAAAUAACCAACUUGACAGAUGUGCAGGAAGGUAGGAGAAACCUGCCAACAUAACUCAGGUUACGAAACGGAGGACUAACGAUUUUUUAGCCUCCUGUUACUUAACGCUCUGCGGAAUUCUUACACCAACUGAUUGUUAGGACUUUUUUCUCUUGACAUGCAAUUCAUACGUUGUGGUUUUCAGUAAUUCUUUUUCACGACCAAAAAAAGAUAUUGCAGGUGAAGUGUCAGAGGGGUUCCUUACUUUGAAUUGAGAUGGGUUAGAGAAAGAUGUUGAACACUUGUUACGAGCAUUAGAGUAACACGUGAGGAUUCGAACUGCAAAUCUAUCGAUUUUUUGGACUGAACUACAGUUCUGAACUGAGUUUCACCAAGCUGAGAUACUUCACUUAAACAUGGACUUCUUUCUUUUUCUUUAUUCAGGGAUCAUUGUUCGAUGCAUUCAGCGAUUAGAUGAGACGUGUCGUGAUGUUAGAAAUGCCGCUCGCAUCAUUGGAGAUCCAAAGCUUGGAGAGAAGAUGGAGGAAGCGUCCGCUAUGAUCAAAAGAGACAUCGUAUUCGCCGCAAGUCUGUACACGCAAUGA